CAUCAUAGGAGCCCUUAGAUGUGGUCAAGUAGAUCGCAUGGUUUGUGCUUGAGCUAUGGUGCACCAGCAUUACCAUCACAUCUGCGUCUUUUGCUUGCACCUGAAAAUAGAACAAGGUAUGCAAGUGUGUUGAACUAUGCAAAAACAGAUAACCAUUGUCAAGUUAUUAUACAAUGUGAAUACUCUUCUUUUCAAAGUUAUCAUAGCUGAUGAAAGUAAAAUAUGUACACAAAUGUUACUGACCUCAACAGAGCCAUCUCUAGCAGCAUCCAAUGCCUCUCUCACAAUUGAAGUGUCAGCAUCAUUGUCAUACUGCUCAACAGUGAUGUGAAGUUUUUGAAAUGUUGAAGAGAGGAGGUGGAUGAGCUCACUCGUGUUGUCCAAGAACUUUGCUCUUGGUGUCCAGUGUAUCAGAUCUGGUUGAAUCUGGAGAUCACAGUAUGACUUCUUGGUACGUCUGAUGUGGUCAUGAUCAUUUGGCGAUCUGCUAUAGCCAUCAAAGACCACAAUGAUCUUCUGAGAGCGACAGCCAAGACCCUGCAAGUAUAUCAGUAUGAGGCAAAGCCAUGUGAACGAAUUCCUGCAAAAGAAGGACUGAUCACCACAAUUUGCAGCAGCUCUUACUGAUAGUGUCCUCAACAUGAUCAUCAAAGACAUGAGACCCCUGUCAAUGGUGGAAGAUGAGGGUUUCCGUGCUAUGGUGAAAACAUUCCAACCAGGCUACGUUCUCCCUAAGAGAACAUGCUUCACAAACAUGAUGGAGAAGAAAUAUGAGCAUGAAUUCCUGAGAGUCAAACUUGCCCUCUCCUCAUCCAGAUCCAUGUCAGUUGGACAUAUGCUGUCUAAAGGAACUCGUGCCUUCUGCCGAGCCGCCCGCCGAGUCCUAUGCUGUGUCCCUGCAGCAAGAGCCAGAGAGGAAAAGUUGGAGAAGGAGAACAAAGAUCUGAAGACAAAGAUGAAAGUGAAGGAGGAAGAAAUCUUCUACCUGAGCUCUGGACAGAUGCUGUCUGAAGGAACUAAGACCAUCUGCCCAGUAGUCCUGGAGAAAACUGGUCUAGCUGCUGAGAACGUUGCUCUAGCUGGCGAGAACGCAACUCUAGCUCCUCAGAACGUUGCUCUAGCUGCUGAGAACGCUGCUCUAGCACCUGAGAACAUUGAUCUAGCUGCUGAAAUCACUGCUCUAACUGCUGAGAAAGCUUCUGUAACUGCUACUGGUGCUGCUCUUACUGCUGAGUGGCGUGCUCAAGCUCGCGGGAACAUUGCUCUAGCUGCUGAAAUCACAACUCUAACUGCUGAGAAAGUUGCUCUAACUGCUUAUAGCACUGGUCAAGUUCCUGAGAUCGCUGCUCUAAUUGCUGAGGCCACUGCUCUUACUGCAGAGAAGAUUGUUCUAGUUGGUUAUAACAGGAGACUAAAUGCAAGGAAUGAUAUACUGAAGAGGCAGCAGAAUGAUUUUUUGGCAGCUCUGCCUAAAGAAAAAGGUGCAGCCAGAGCUGCUCUGGAAAAACAAAAUAUUACACUGACAAAAAAGAUAAACCCUUCUGCCUUAAAGCUGUUACAGGACACAUUCAUCUUGGCCAAGACAGAAAAGGCUAUCGAAACAGCAAGAGCCAAAGAGGAAGAUUUGGAGACGAAGCUUGAAGAUCUGAAGAUGACACUGAAAGUGGAACAGGAAGCCAGAUUCAAACAGAGAGAGGAUCUGAUAAACCAGAUCAUAGAGACAGAGAAGUUGUUUAUUGAGCAGCAGGAAGGAAAACUGACCAAGCAGAACACUGAGCUUCAGGAACUCGCAUUGAAGACAGAUGAGAACGAGGCAAAGGUCAAAAAGCAGAGGAAGCAGGAAAAGAAAGAGCAGCUGGAGAGAGAGAAGAAUGAGAGAGAAGAACUGAAGAAGACAGAGAAGAAGGAGUGGAUUGAACGGAAGAAGAGAGAGAAGAAGGAGAGAGAGGAGGCGAAGGAGCGAGAUAAACUGAUGAAGAGAGAGAAGAAAGAAAUAUCUCAUGCCAUCUGCCCAGAGCUCCAACGAACCCUCAGUGCUGUCCUCCUGGUGAAACCUGGUUUAGCUCCAGAGAUUGCUGCUCUAUCUGCUAAGAGUGCUGCUCUAGCUGCUGAGAAGGCCACUGUAGCUCCUGACAAGGCUACUCUAGCUGCUGAGAACGCUGCCCUAAGUAUUGAAAACACUGCUCUAACUGCUGAGAAUGCUGCGCUAGCUGCUAAGAAUGUUGCUUUAGCUGCUGAAAACACUGUUCUAUCUGCUGAGAAAGCGGCUCUAGUUGCUGAGAUCGCUGAUCUAACUGCCUGUAACGUUGUUGUAGCUGCUACGACUGCUGCUCUUGCUAAUGAGAGAAUUGCUCAAGAUGCUGAGAUAGCUGCUCUAGAUGCUCAGACAGCUGCUCUAGCUGCUGAGAUCGGUGCUCAAGCUCCCUCCAUCACUUUUCUAGUUCCUGAGAUCGCUGCUCUAGCUGCUGAGAUCCCUGCUCUUACUGCUGAGAAGGCUGCACUUACUGGAGUAAAUAGUUUUCUGGAGAGACAGCUGGAUGUUUUGGUAGCAGCUCGGUCUGAACACAAUAAUGCAGAAAUCCUUGCUCUAACAGAACAAAAUAGUACACUGACAAAGGAGAUGGACUAUAUUACUUUCAAGCUGUGUUGUACCAAAUUUGACUUGACCCUGAGGGAGAAAGCCCUGGAAACAGCAAGAGCCAGACAGAAAAAGUUGGAACAGGAGAUUGAAGAUGUGAAGAUGACGAUGAAAGUGGAACAGGAAGCCAGCUUAAAACAGAGAGAGGAUAUGAUAAACCAGAUCAGAGAGACAGAGGAGAAGUUGUUUAUUGAGCAGAGGAGGCGCCAUCCAGAGCAGUGGCCUUGAUGGGCUGGAUCCAAGGUUCCUGAUCAACAUCCAGCUGCACGGCAAGAGUGGAGUCAAAGAGAUUGGUGCCUGCCUGCCUGCCUGCGUUACUUUACUGAGUUAUUGGAUUUCCAAUAAACUAUUUGACGUUACUUCUGCCUCAGCUCCUGUCUCUGCCUCUUUGUCCGAAGCCUGGCCUUAACAGUAUAGUCCGGCCACAAUGGACUUGUCAGGUCCCUGCUCUUGUUCAACAACCCCCCCCCCCCCCCCACCAGCCGCCCAACCUGCCACUGCUGCAGGCACUGCUGCCCUCGAGCCCCGGAUACCCCCACCAGCUAAGUACUCCCAACAUCGCUUACUUGGUUAAUUUACUCGAGGGCAGUCCGAUCAGCCCUCUUUGAGCAACACUCACCGCUGGAAACCAGAAAUUGGGAGGGAGAACAAGGCAAUUCAACCUGCCAUUAAAACCGGCGACCAACUCCUCCUGUGGCGUGCUGACUCCACUUGUUCCCCGGAUUACUGUCACUCUGAACAGCUGACUUCCCUCGGGGCCCGGCGAGAAAAGACGGAGAUUUCCAACCAGAGCCAAUGCAAAUAGUAGGGCUGCAACUAACAAUUAUUUUGGUAAUUGAUUAGUUUAUCGACAAUUUUUUCGAUUAAUCGACUAUUCUAACGAUUAUUUCCCAUAGGAAAUUAAAAUAAUGACUCAAAAUGUUGGAAUUUUAACUUGAAAUGUAUUUCAGCAACAAGUUGUGUAAACAUCAUAAUAAACAGUGUUUGGUGGCAGCAUUGUGGCUCACUGGCUGCCGAUUUUGGGCUCCUCUAGGGCCAUCCUCUCCACACUUGCCAUCUGUCUUGGUUUCAUUCUAGCUCUCUAAACAGCGUAACUCACUAAUGGAUGUGUGUCAGAGAUGAUGCUCCACAUCCCUUCCCAGCAAGGAGUGUCAGUGAGGGAGUCAAGCAACCGUGCAAUUGCUAACAAUCUGUUUAUAAUAGAUUGUACACUGUCUAUAAAAACAUAAACAAAGUAUUAGUCAAGCUGGCUGUUCCCCAACAGACUUUAUUGAAGUCAAAAAAACAAUAUUGUAAAUUGUGUACUGAGCUGACAUUGACUUUUGUAUGUAGGUUUGGUAAUUGCUUCUGAAUCCCUUUUUAUCUGAGAAAAAGAAACCGGGGCCUGGUUGUAUAAUAACCACAACCAGUUGGUCAUGAUAUAUGUCUGACACUGUCUUCACAAGCUGGACAGACACCAAAGCAGAGACGAUAGCCAGUUAUAUAGCUAGUUCUGGAAAAGUCAGCGUCUACUGUUGAGAUAUCUAUGUUUCUCUGUAUCUUGUGACUAUAUUUUACCUAUAUCCUGUGAAUAAAUAUUAGCUGUAUAGUCUAUAUAAACUAAUUAAGAUGUGUUUAUUUAUACCAAACACAUGCACAGACAUGCACAACACACUCUUGCAGUGGUAGGUAAAUUUAUCCUCUGCAUUUAACCCAUCUGGUGCAGGACACAAAGAGCAGUGAGCAGCCAUGUACAGUGCACGGGGAGCAGAUGUUGGGGGAGUAAGGUGCCUUGCUCAGGGGCACUAGACAGGGUAGGGAGACUCUUGGAUUUUUGUUUGGACAGAUCAAUCCAGGUUCGUCUUUUGUUGUCUCUCUGUGGAGACGAACCAGAGACCUUUUCUGCCCAUAGUCCAAGUUACUACCACUAGACCACCGCCUCUUCAAUGCACAAUACAAAGUAUAAACUGUCACUGUAACCUGUGUAAUUAAUCUUUUUUGACUCAGACACAGGGCCAGGCCAGAGCACGAUCACAGAAAGAGACCAUGCAGGAAACCAGCCGUUAGCAACUGACUGGUAACCAGGCACAUGAGCAGGUGCCAAUCUUAGUGUCAAUCUGACUGCAAAAUACAAUUUGGAGAUAGUGUGGGAUGGAAAUGCAUCUUGAGAUAUGAAAUAAUGAAAUUCUCAGACUGGAGUUGCCAUUGAUUCUUUGAAAUGUUAGGAUCUGCAGAGUUUGCACAACAAGCACAGGUUCUCAGGAAAGAGAGAGGUCAUGCCAGAAUUAAUACAAAGAGGUGUUUCAUGAAACGUGGUGAGAAAAAGAUAUGAAAUUCUCCUCUCUGUCUAAUCUGUGUCUCUCCGAUAUAGCAGGCUCCCUGUUGGCCAAGGCCACAGUAGUGGGACACUUGGUUAGUUGAAAGUGAUGUGAUUGCAAAAAACUGCACUUUGAGGAAACAGUAUACAUCUGGCCAAUAACUGAAUUCCCUCAAAGAAAAAUAACUGCCUCUGUGUUGCACCCUUAAUUAAUACAAAAAGUGUUGCCUACUCUUGUAUUAAAUUGUGAUUGUGACCACAUGAUUAUUAAUUAUUUUUCAAUCAAUGCAACAUUAAGGUUAUAUUGUAUUUAUUAGUAAGUUUGGGUCAAUAUUGGAUUUGUUAGUAUAGUUUCAGAGAAGUACUGUCAUCCUUAAAAAAAUGUCAGUGGUGCCUGUGUCGGUUAGGACAGACUGAUUUAAGAUUUUCAAUCCAUUAUUCUACUUUGGAAUCAUUUGGAAUGGUUUUUAAGGAAAGGACAAAUCAGUGAUUUGAAAUCACUGAACUUUGGAAUCAUUUGGAAUGGUUUUUAAGGAAAGGACAAAUCAGUGAUUUGAAAUCACUGAAUAUAAUAUCAUACAAUAGACCCUACAUUCAUCCUCCAUGAAAUGAGCUAACAAACAAUGAAAGCCUGAAUUCCAACUCAAAUGAUGUCAAAUCUACUGCUUAAGUAAAAAGACUUACUUACAUUGUUCACUCUGGGACCAUCAGACAAGGAAAACUCACAUUGGUCAUUUACCAAAGAUGAGGCCUGCACCAUGCGGCCAGCCAGCUGUGUCUGUUCAGAGUGAGCCAGGUGAGCUAGCUUCCUCUGUAGCUUCUUUGGGUGGAGCCACAGGAGGAAGUAGUAGACCAGAAAAGGAAAGGAAGUGAAGUAGGAGGGGAUUUUCAACAGUUGGAUUUUAAACUUGUUUAUAUAUAUAUAUAUACACACAUAUGUAUAUUUUUAAAUGAAUGUAUUGAUUUAUUUUUAUGUUUGCACUGUCUUUCUUUUUACAGUGACA